AUGGCUGACGCAGCGGUAGCAGAGGGCAUCAACAACCCAGACAACCUCACCAAGCAAGUCCUGUACAAGACCGCCGCGACAAUCAGCCACAAAGUCCUCGAGGAAGUCUCCAAAUGGCUGGUUGAAGGAGCAAAGAUUGUCGACCUGUGCAUCAAAGGUGACGAACUUCUCGAAGCAGAACUCAGCAAAGUUUACAAAGGAAAGUCCAUCAACAAAGGAAUUGCGACUCCUUGCACAAUAUCUCCUAGCGCACAUGUCACCCCAUUCACCCCUCUGGUCUCAGACGCCGAUGAUGCCGCCUUGACCAUCAAGGCCGGUGAGCUGGUCAAGAUUCAGCUUGGUGCACAGAUCGACGGAUAUGGUGCGAUUGUUGGGGAUACCGUCGUGGUACCACAAGAGAAGGGGAAAAAAGCAGAGAUCACUGGCAGAGAGGCCGACCUGCUUCUCGCCACAUACUACGCCAAUGAACUCCUGCUGCGACUCAUGGUACCACCCGGACUUCUGGCAAGCGGCACAGAGGAAGAAAAGAAGAAGGCUGCCGCUGAAAAACCACCCACACAAACCAAGAUCAUCUCGCUGAUUGACAAGGUUGCCAAAGCCUACGAUGUCCAUGUCGUGCAGCACACCACGUCUUGGCUGUUUGAGAAGAAUGAAAUCGAAGGCAAGAAGAGGAUCAUCCUGUCUCCUGCGGAUGGUGCCAAGGGGGAAGGCUCUGCAGACGUCGGCGAGGUGUGGGGGGUCGAAAUGGGCAUGAGUCUGGGAUCCGGCAAGGUCAAAGAGUUGGACAAACGGUCGACCCUGCUGAGGCGGACCACUACGACGUACGGUCUGAAGCGCCCGAGUUCACGACAAGUUCUCUCAGAAAUCGUCAAGAAGUUCGGUACCUUCCCUUUCAGCUUGCGGCAAUUGGAUGACGAGCGAGCUGGCAAGGUCGGCGUGGUUGAGUGCAUCAGGUCCGGGGUUCUGCGUGAAUACAAACCUGCCGCAGAGGCGGAUGGUUCUCCAGUGUCGAGACUGUUCACCACCAUUGCUAUCACCAAGAAUGGUCUUACACGCCUAGCGGCUCCGCCCCCGCUGGACUUGGAAGCCGUCAAGUCCGACAAGAAGAUUGAGGAUGAAGAAGUUCUAUCAAUUCUCGAGCGACCACUCAACAAGUCCACUGGCUCCAAGAGCAAGAACAAGAAAAAGAAGAAGAAGCCAGCCAAGAAGGCUGCAGCAGCGGCUACCACCGAGGAAGAGAGUGACGACGAUGAGGACGACAGCGAUGACGAAUGA